UCACAUUAUGCUGUAGUUACAUUUACGUUGUUGCUCCUCUGAAGAAUUGAACCCCUCAGUGAAAAGAAUGGCAAGAAGAAAUGUCCUCAUUACAGGUUGCUCCUCAGGAAUUGGACUGGCAUUAGCUGUAAAAAUGGCAAAAGAUGAACAGAAAAGAUUUAAAGUGUACGCCACAAUGCGGAAUCUGGCCAAGAAAGAGCCACUGGAGGAAGCUGCAGGCCACAGGCUGGGCAAAACCCUCGAAAUUAAACAACUGGAUGUCUGUGAUGAACAGUCUAUUAGAACUUGUGUGAAUAGUAUCCCUGACAGAAGGAUUGAUGUCCUAGUGAGCAAUGCUGGAAUGGGGCUCAUUGGACCUAUUGAAUGUCAGACCAUAGAGGAAAUGAAAACUGUGAUGGAUACCAACUUCUUCGGCCUGGUUCGACUCCUGAAGGAGAUUUUGCCUGACAUGAAGAGGAGAAAGAGUGGGCAUAUAGUUAUAAUAAGCAGUGUUAUGGGAAUACAAGGCAUCUUAUUUAAUGAUGUUUAUGCUGCAUCUAAGUUUGCUGUGGAAGGAUUCUGCGAAAGUUUAGCUAUACAAGCACUCAAGUUCAAACUGCAACCUUUUUUUCUGAACAGGUUAAGUUUGAUUGAACCAGGCCCAGUGGUUACAGAGUUUGAAAGAAAAGUGUUUGAAGAUGGAAUGAAAAUGGACCUUUCAGCUGCAGAUGAAGAAACAGCUGAGAUGUUUACUAAUAUUUACCUUAAAAAUUACAAACAAAUUUUCCAGAGCCUGGGACAAAGUGCUGAAGAUGUUGCAGAGCAUACAGUAAAGAUAAUUCUUGCAGAAAACCCACCUUUUCGCCAUCAGACCAACACCUUGUAUACUCCAAUGACAACUCUGAAGUAUGCAGAUCCAAAUGGGGAUCUACCCAUUGACAUAUUCUACAAAAUGGUUUUUCAGCAUGACAAAAUCUUCAGUGCAAGUCUCAACUUCAUCAAAUUGCUACGGUGGAGAAGCAGGAAGAGCUUUGACCUGGGAAAACCUUCACAAUAAGUAUAAGGUUAUAUAAUGCAAAUUGGAAUUACUUCUUAUAGCUACUGAUGACACAGUAUGUUGUUAUUCAAAUGCCUUUGCUCUGUAAGUAUGAAAAAGCACGCAAGAUGUUUGAGCUUAGCUGAGAUAUUAAUUUCAAUAUGUAUCUCUUGAAUGUUACAGUUUGCAGAACCUUGCAAUUAAAAUCCUCUAACUGUAGUUUUAUUCUGUUUAGUGUUUGCUUUUUCCAGAGAUGUUUUCUUAGGUACAUGAACACUGACUGAUAUUUGUGUAUUCAGUAUUAACCUGACCCCCUUCACGUACCAGAAUAUAAUAUAUAGUAUGCAAACUAUUUAGAUUCUUAAUAUCGUAAAAAUAUGUUUUUACUUAUUAGGAUAGAAUCAGUAUAGUAAUCCCUCAAUCACACUGGCAUUCUGAUUUCCAGAAGUCUGAUCUAUUUAUCAGCAACAUAAGAGAAACUCUCAUCAAUCUUAAAAUGUAACAAGUAGAAUAUUUAUUUUUCAUAUAUAUUUAUUACAAUAUUCUGAAUGCUUCCUUUAUAUGCAAUGGUUACUAGGAUAUUGCACAUAGGGAACAAUAAAAUGUUUUUUAAAGCAUCUUAAAAUAAAAUAUCUUCUUACUGUC